AUCGGAGCGUGUGUUCGCUACUACGACAAGUCUGCCGCACUUCCGGCCAUAUCGCCGGAUAUCCGUCGAGUGACCCUUACAAGUCCUUCUUGGUCCUGAAGCGGGCUAGGUACCUCUGUUGCUGCGCGGAUUGAGUUUAGAAACGUAGCCGGACAUGGGGCUGGAGGACGAGCAGAAGAUGCUAACAGGGUCCGGGGAUCCCAAGGAGGAGGAAGCGGAGGAGGAGGAAUUAGUGAUAGGACUGAGGCUUUCAGUGCAUACUGGCAACCUUGGAAGGCAGGAAUGUGAAACUUUCCCCUACUACUUAGCAUCAGAAUUGAAUGGGAGACCCCAUUCUGCCAUUUCUGGCAAUGUGGCUCUGCCAGCUGGCCUUCUGCACGGAUCCCCUGACAACAGUGAGAGAGCAUUGCGAGCAGCUGGAGAAAUGUGUAAAGGCUCGGGAGCGACUAGAGCUCUGUGAUGAGCGUGUCUCCUCGAGAUCACAGACAGAGGAGGAUUGCACAGAGGAGCUCUUUGACUUUUUGCAUGCAAGGGACCACUGCGUGGCCCACAAACUCUUUACCAGCUUGAAGUAAACGUGCAGCCUCAUUCACCCCAGCUUUCAUUACCGGGGCGUCAGGAUACUUCCUUAUAACUUUGAACAUUUAGUUCUUAUUUGUGUAACUUUAAGUUCCUGUGGAUUUGGGCUUAUACAGGUAGACAUAGUUCUAUGUAAUUAAGUUAGUCCAUCUUAAUAAAGCCCCAUAAUCUGCAGACUUGUCUCAUUUUAUUUUUUAGGAUUUAUUUUUUCUAAGUGAAUGUGGUAAAAUAGCAUAAGGACUUUGAAAUAGCUAUUACAGAUAGGCUUCAGGGAUUUAAUAGAAGUCUAAAAAAGUGGGGAGAGAAAUGGGAAUAUAAAAAUGAAUUUAAAAAUUUCUGGAGCUUAAAAAUAACAGUGUGACAGAUUUCACUGGGCAAGGUAAAAAAAUGUAUUUGAAUGUUCUUGAAAGAAUUCAGAAACUAUAAAAACUAAAGCACAAUGAGGGAAAAAAAAAUCACUUAAGUAAACAAGGAAAAAGCAAGUUGUGGAACAAUAUCUGAUGACCCAGGAGAGUGUUGGGGGGGGGGCGGACAUUUGAAGCAAUGAUGGUUGAAAUAUGGCAAGGAAGGAGAGGUCUGCUGCUCCAUAUGUGGGUUAGCACCCCAAGUCUGGGCUCGAACUCAUGCCACAGGCUGGUGAUAGCUUGGUAGUACUGAGUCUUAGUCCCUGUGCCACCAGCAAGGCCCCAGAUUCUCCCUGAUCUCUCCCAGGAAUGUGGCUCAGCUGUCAGAUUCUGGGUGUACUUUGCAGAUGGAGAGACUCAGUAGUACUCUGAGAUGAUGAAUGUAGAAAUGAGAAUGGAAGGCAGUAUUUAUUGAACCCUUUUGCAAGUGCUGUAUUUUUUUUUAAAGUAGUGAUUAAAAUGUAAAAUAUGGAAAAAUUGGUAGUAUAAAGAGAUGCUUUCAUUAUGGUAAUAAAAUUUUACAGAAUUUGAGACUACUUUUGUAAAGUAUGCAUGGUAAAAAUCCUAUAAUUACACAUGUUGGGGGAUGGUAUGGUGAGUAAUACUUAGAUACAUUUAAACAGAAAAUAAAGUAUUAACAGCCGACAUAA